CUAAAAUCCAACUGGGUGAUAGGCAUCAGUUCUUCAGCUUCUGCCAUCGUUACUCAGAAUCAGUCAGCCCAGCGCUCGCUAAGCAUGUCUUGUAGUGCUGUGCACUCAGGCCUGUCGGUGCUGCGUGCCACCCAGGAUCUCCUGAUGAUCCACAACCAGCCUGACAAAUAUAUCUAUUUCAAACUCGUUCAGCCUGUCGAGGUUGGCUAUAAAAUACGCGAUGUGGAUUCCCGUCUCAAGAUCUCCAAUCAAUACCAUUCAAAGCAUUUCAUACCUAGUUCACCAUGUCUGAUUCUUCGACCUCCGCACUCUUCUCCCCGAUCCGCGUAGGCAACAUCAACUUGCAGCACCGCGUCGUCCUUGCCCCGCUCACCCGUAUACGUGCACACGCAGAUCACGUCCCAACCCCACAAGCGUCAGCGUACUACUCUCAGAGAGGGUCUACCCCCGGAACUCUUCUUAUCACAGAGGGCACAUUCAUAUCUCAGAACGCUGGUGGUUAUGAUCAUGUCCCUGGGAUAUAUACCGAUGCCCAUGUGGAGGGAUGGAAAAAGGUGACAGAAGCGGUCCAUGAGAAGGGCUCUUUCAUUUUCCUACAACUCUGGGCGCUCGGCCGUACCGCAGACACAGCCGUUCUUGCCAAGGAAGACAAUAGUCCCCACGUCAGUGCCUCACCCAUCUUCAUGCCUGGAAAAACAGACGUGCCACGCGCACUCACCACGGAUGAAAUCAAGGAGUACGUUGCCACGUAUGCCACCGCCGCAAAAAAUGCCAUUCGAGCUGGUUUCGAUGGCGUUGAAAUUCACGGCGCAAAUGGCUACUUGAUCGACCAGUUCAUGCAAGACGUCAGUAACGAACGCACAGAUGAAUAUGGCGGAAGCAUCGAGAAUCGCGCAAGGUUUGCACUUGCAAUAACGGAUGCCGUUGUGGAGGCCAUUGGUGCUGAGAGAACGGGGUUCCGAAUGAGCCCCUGGGGCAUAUUAAGCGGUAUGGGCAUGGCAGACCCCAAACCCCAGUUCUCCUACGUGGUUGAGCAGCUGCGCAAACACAAACUCGCAUACAUCCACGUCGUAGAGCCGAUGCCUGCCGAAGUCACUGCUGAGAAAAACAGCGAUUUCCUCCGUGAUAUUUGGCAAGGGGUUGAGGGCAGUACGUUCAUCAGCACAAACGGAUAUACCCGGGAUACCGCAAUCGAGACGGUAGACAAGAAAGGCGGCCUCAUUGGAUUCGGGAGGUUGUUUAUGCCAAACCCCGAUCUUCCAUUCCGUCUGCGAAAGGGCAUCGCGCUUGAGCGGGGUGACCAAGCAACAUGGUACAUGCGCGGCAAUCUCACACCAGCGGGUUAUUCGGAUUGGCCCUUCGCGCCGGAGAAUGAUCAGCAAUAGAGCAGCAAAUUCUGACAUGGUCUUGUAAGCAAUAUACCUCCGAAUAGAAGUUACCUUACUGUAUGCACCCAAUAUUGUGCUUAAUCUUUGAUUCUUUAUCUCAGUCU